AUGACUUCAAUGAAUCAAAAAUUAUUAUUUUCAUUAGUUUAUUGUCUUUACGUGACUCUUGUAGCUAGUCAGAGCUCAAAUAGCAAUAGCACAUUAAGCAAUAACACAAGCAAUGCUGAAUGCGCGGAUUUUUUCAAAGUCAGUAAAUGCAGUACAUGUCAAAAAACAGCAUACGGCGCUUUAGAUGAACACCUUUCCAAUUGUUUUGCAUUACAAAAUGUUACUCUUACCGGUUCAAAUGCAUCUGAUUCUACUUCCUUGAAGCAAAAAUGCGAUUUAACUUGCGAUCAAAACGCGAUAAAAACUCUAAACGAAAACAUUCAAAGAGACUGUCAACAAGAAUUGACUGAUUGGGCAACAAGCGAUUCUGUAAACGAUCCCAAGUAUCCUGCACCAAACCUUUGGUUUUCAGUCUACACGGCAAUCCCUAAUAUGCAGGCUCUGUGCAGUCAAUCUUCUGAUGGAUGCAACUCAAAAAUCGUAAACUUUAUAUUAAGUUUAUUAAAGCCUGGCCAAUCCACCAACAUUAAUGCAACAAUAUCUCCACCCAAUGGGUUAGCAUCAUAUGGAGAUCCCAAAAAAACAGAACCAUUACAAAUUAAUAUUAUUUGCAGUGACUGUUACUCAAAAUUGGCACAACCUUGGGUUAACUUCUUCAAUAUGACUCAACCAUCAAUUCCUGCCGUUAAAAAGAAAUUGGAUGAUUAUAUUGAACCUAUUAAGGGAAAUUUGACUCAAUUUAAAAACGUGUCGUGA